AAAUUAACGGACUUAUUAAUAAUGUGUAUAUAUAUACAUUGGUUGGCCUUUCUAAACUGUUGUCUCAUUAGUAAACUACUAAACUCUGAGUUCUAAAAGUCUCAAACCUCCAAACACUCCCUAGCCUAUCAACCGCCGGAUUUCAACUGUCGUCUGUAUUUUCCGGUGGUCGGAAAUUGAAGAGAAUAUACAAUGCCCAACCUUAAUCAUUGUUUCUCGAAGUCAAAGGUUGAAUCAUCUGCGCCGUCCAAGUCUACGUUAAAAGAAACUCGAGAUCAUCACAGCCGUCCGUUUCUCAAUACCACCUUCAUCAAGAACUUCAACUCCCUCUACGAUUUCACCUUGGAAUGCACGCCGAAUUCAAAAUCCUUCGCCGCCGCCGCCGACGAGGAAGAAGCUGACUUGUCUUCGUCGGAAUCCGCCGCCGCCGACGAGGCCGCCGCCACUCCCGACCUGGCCACCGUCCUGGCAUCCCGGCGGUUCUUCUUCUCCUCUCCCGGCCGGUCAAACUCCAUCAUCGACUCCUCCUCCACCUCCUCCUCCAUAGCCUCGACCUCAUCCUCCUCCCCGACGGCGAACCAGCAGGACCCGGACGCCCUCGUCGACGGCAGCGUCGCCAUUCCGACGAUCUCCCCGGACCCGUUCUUGGAUUUCCGGCGGUCGAUGCAGGAAAUGGUGGAGGCGCGCCAACUGAUGGAUGUGAGAGCCAACUGGGACCACCUCCACGAGCUCCUCAUGUGCUACCUAACUCUCAACCCCAAAAGCGCCCACAAGUUCAUCGUGGGGGCCUUCGCCGACCUUCUUGUCAGCCUCAUGCCCCCUCCCUCGCCGCCGCCGCCGCCGUCCGACGAUCACCGGAAACCGGAAUCCUCAUCCCGCGGUAACAAAAGUAAGAUUUCCCGAAAUUUCAUGUAAUUACAAACAUUUGUAUCAUCAAAUGACUCAAUUUCUUAUUGUAAUCUACCUCCAUUCAUCAGUUCCCCAUUAAUCACUUCUUGUACACAACAAAAACAUUAAUAACCCCAAAACUUCAACACACUGUAUAAAGUCGUAUGCUUUUUAACUUCUUACUUAUCGAGAUAAACCAGUUUA